UAACGUUCGAUUACGUCGAUUUGCACAGUAUUCUGGGAAAUUGAGGAAGUAUGAGGCCAGGGCAGGAAACUCCAUAUCGGGCUCAUCCAUCGAUGUAUUUGUGGUCCGACAGCGUUCCCCACCAAACACAUUAAAUGUCUGUUAGAUUUAAUGGCAUGUCAUUUUAGCAGGAUAACCGACUUCCUUGCCACUCGGACGGACACAAACCAGAGCAACAAUGGGCGGCGAAAACGUGAGUUUGGUCUUCAAGCUGUACUGCCUGACAGUGAUGACUCUGGUGGCAGCCACAUACACGGUGGUACUGCGGUACACAAGGACCAUUUCGUCAGGAGACCUGUACUUCUCCACAACCGCAGUCUGCAUCACCGAGGUCAUUAAAUUAAUACUGAGCCUGGGGAUGCUGGCAAAAGAAACAGGAAGCCCCAUCAGACUGAAGAAUUCCAUAGUGGAACAUGUGUUCUUCAGCCCAAAAGAGCUGCUGAAGCUGAGUGUGCCGUCUAUAGUGUAUGCAGUUCAGAAUAACAUGGCCUUUCUUGCUUUGAGCAACCUUGAUGCAGCAGUUUAUCAGGUGACCUAUCAGCUGAAGAUCCCGUGCACGGCCUUGUGUACAGUCCUCAUGCUGAACCGCUCUCUCAGCCAGCUGCAGUGGUUCUCCGUCUUUAUGCUCUGCGGGGGUGUCACACUUGUGCAAUGGAAGCCUGCAGAGGCCACUAAAGUCCAGAUUGAGCAAAACCCGUUUCUUGGGUUCAUCGCCAUUGCCGUUGCUGUCCUUUGCUCUGGAUUUGCAGGUGUGUACUUUGAGAAGGUGUUGAAGAGCUCAGACACAUCCCUGUGGGUGAGGAACAUACAGAUGUACCUGUCUGGCAUUGUGGUCACGCUGAUUGGUGUUUACAUUACUGAUGGUGAAAAAGUCCUGGAAAAAGGCUUCUUUUUUGGUUAUACACCCUGGGUGUUGUUUGUAGUAUUCCUGGCUAGUUUGGGAGGUCUAUACACGUCAGUGGUGGUGAAGUACACAGACAACAUCAUGAAGGGCUUCUCUGCUGCAGCCGCCAUUGUUCUCUCAACUGUGGCGUCCGUCAUUUUGUUUGGACUACAGAUAACAUUCACAUUUACCUCUGGUGCCACCCUUGUGUGCAUUUCCAUCUACCUAUAUGGUCUUCCAAAGCAAGACACACCCAAGAUGAGCCGGCAAGACACAGACAGCGAAUCCAAACAGAAACUGAUCACUGUGUGAGUCGCUGACCUGCAGCGGAGAAAACAUUUAUUGCUGGUGGACCAGGUGUGCUUCGGGCUUUUCUGGGGACAUAAAAGAGCUCCUGCACUGGAGGAAUUAGGGAGCCAAUCCCUAGUCCUAAAUUAUUACAUAGACGACUGCUUUCGUUUCACUUUAAUGUGGAUGUGCUCCUUCAAUCCAGCCCACUUCCACCCACAUGGGACUGGUGACAGUACAGUGAAUCUCCCGAUUAUUUGAAGAAAUCUUAAAGUUUUUAAUGCAGGGGCGAGGGGCGUAUAAAUAUCACAACACGUUAUCAUAGUUUUUUGUUUUUAUUUUUUGUUAAAUUAGUAAUAAGUCUGUUUUUUAAACUGUACAGUGUGAGUGACUUAUGUCCAUAUCACACAGUGCUGAUUGUGAAUGUGCCCAAAUCACAGGACAACAUACUUGGUAGAAGGAUGACGACAGGUUGCACGUGUGAUUAUGUUUAAUACCUCGAAGGUCUUGUGUCUUUUUUUAUCAGAUCUGUGUCGGGUUUUGCUUUGACAUUUUUGUCAUUUUAAAAUUUUAAUUAAAAUUGAUUGGAAAUGUAUUCAAAGCGACAGCUAGUAUUUAUGAAUUUUGUUUCAGAAUAUGCACAAUCAUUCCGAUGUGUUUUCGAUUGGUCGUUUGAUAAACCUGUCCCUCGAACAGCGACUGUCCAAUCAUAGCUCAGCAACUGUAACUAGGUACAGGAGGCCUGUCAAGCUUUGGAUUUCUCCAAUGCCGUAGCAAUGCAGAUGGGACUGUAGUGAGAACGAUUCUUCGCAUUCAAAGAGUUUGGAGGCUGGUUUCUUUUUUUAGCUUUUCCAAAAAACACAAACACCAAAGAAAACAUCCCGUAGUAUAUAAAAUAAUUAAAACUAGGCCCACUUUUACC